AUGUCAUCAUCUCUCGCCAGCGCCAUCCGACAGCUGCUGCCAAAACAGCUUCCUCCGUCCCUCACCAACCGACCAGGAAACCUCUACGAAGUCCUCUCGCGAUAUCCGAAGGAUGGUGUCGGGCAGCGGGUGCAUAAGAUAAGGUGGACGUCAAAGGGGAUUCCGAACUGCUACUGGGAGGUCACACGGACAAGCCUGAAGCUUGAGGGCAAGCAUGGCAAGGCAUGGGGCAUCUUGACAUGGAAAGGAAAGGUAGUCAGCGAGCGGGAAGAGAAGAUACCUGGCUCAUUGAAGUUCAGUUGGGCCGAGGGUACAUCUCGCAUUCCACCAGGGUUCACUAGCCGUCCGAAGCUAUCAUCAUAGUCGUCUACACUGUCGCAUGAUCCUGCUUCAUCUCGUCUAUCGUUCGCCUUGUGCCAACGCUGCAAAUGUGAUCAAAAGACAUGCAUUCCAGGUGGAAAGUACUCUAAGUGAGAAUAUGAUCAUGUUGCAUAGUCUGCUCGACCUGGUCUAGUCGUAUUGUGCACAAUUGGCCAAGCCACUGUGCACAAUAGUCCUAUUAGGCCACGUUGGAGGCUUUUAUCAAUCCGGAGGAACUUUUGUAAUCGUGGGAAAAAUACAUAUAGCCGACACGCACUUGAG